AACUACCAAUUACAAUAUUCAUUCAACCCCAACAAACAAAGCACAACACUUCAAAGAAAACACACACUCUACAACAACAAAAAAAUCCAUGGCAACUAUAACUUCCACUUUAUUAAUUCAAGAUUUCAUGAAAAAUUUACAAUAUUCAAGAAGACUACUUCUACCAGCCACCCCACAAUACCACCAUGACACCACCUUGGCACCAACAGAUCUAUCACAAGGGGACACCACCAAUACAUUUGAUGCACAUGUUGUGAUGGUACUAUCAGUACUAUUAUGUGCUUUAAUUUGCUCACUUGGCUUGAAUUCAAUCAUAAGAUGUGCACUAAGAUGCACUAGUUUGGUAUCAGAGUCAGACUCAUCCUCGAUGUCUACAAAUCUAUCAGCAACGAUAAAGCUGACAAAUAACGGGAUCAAGAAGAAAGCCCUCAAGAUGUUUCCAAUUAUAACAUACACUACUGAGUUGAAACAUCCAGGGCUCGACUCUGAAUGUGUCAUUUGCUUAUCAGAAUUUGUUGCGGGAGAGAAAGUUAGAGUUUUGCCUAAGUGCAACCAUGGGUUCCACGUCCGAUGUAUCGAUAAAUGGCUCAAUUCACACUCUUCUUGCCCUACUUGUAGGCAUUGCCUCAUUGAAACUUGUCAAAAAAUUGUCAAUGGUGGUAGUUCUAAUUCAAGUACAAUUUCAAACCCUCAAGUAGCAGCACAAGAAAUUAUUAUAAGGAUUGAACCUCUACAACGUGAAGGUGUGGUAUCUAACCAUCAACAUUAGGUAUAAAAUAGUUAGGUUGAUUAGUGGCUAGAGUUCAAUUGAUUGAUAUGUUAUAACAUACAGUCAAUUAGUAGCUUUCUAGUAAUCAAUUCAGUUGAUUACAAGAUGGAGAAUUG